UUCGUCCCUCCUGUCUGCUACGUACGACGCCGCCAUCUUAAAAUUUUCGUCAUUCAUGUGUGGGAAUAUUCGUUUCAUAGAUUGCUGAAAAUAUAAAACAAGAUAAAGUGGUUAUUAUUAGAAACGUUCUUAAAAUAACACAAGGCGAUGUCGGACAAAAAGCGACUGCUAAACGAUCUCAGAGUUAUAGAUUUACGUGCAGAGUUAGAGAAACGCAACCUAGAUAAAAGCGGCGUUCGCGGUGUGCUCAUACAACGUUUAUCCAAGCACUUGGAAGAGGAAGGGCAUGAUCCGGCUACUUUCAAGUUUGAGUUGACUACUGUAGAGCCAAAGACUCCAGCGAAGAGGACCAGACGUGCAGAGAGUACAGUCGAACCGGAAUCUGAAGAGACUCCCGCCAUGGAAGACAUGAUUGUACAAGAUGACGCUGGGGAAGAGGAAGAAACUGAGCAAGGUGACAAGAAACUAAACAAGUCUAGUCCCAAGCCCGAAGCAACUAUGGAGGUGGAAGAAACAGAAAAAGUAAAUAGAAAAAGAGAGAUAAAGGAGGAACCAGAAGCAACGCAGCCGAAAAAGGCUUGUCUUGAAAAGGAUACUAGAAAUGAGGAUGAUCAUAAAGUGGAAAACAACACAGAUGCUGAGGACAGUAUCAACUUGGAUAUUGGUGAUGAUGAACUGCUAAACGAAGAGACUGACAACAACACUAAAACUCUCAAAAAAGAUGAGGCUGCGGAGGAGGAGGACGCGGCCGAGCCGGCGAGCGACAAGUCAGCGCCCGCCGACACUGCUACGAAUGCCGACGACGAGCCAGCCGACGACCAACACCAAGUAAACUCCGAAGCCCCCGCCACUAGCAAUGAGGAUGAAAAGCAUGACAAGGAUACAAAAGAUGAAAAAGAGAAAGAAGGUGAUGGUGAAAAGAAGGAGAAAAAGGAUGAAACCAAAGAGGGUGGUGCGAGGAACUUGUGGGUCAGUGGCCUGUCCGGCGACACUCGAGCUAAGGACCUCAAGCAACUGUGCAGCAAGCAUGGCAAGGUGAUAGGAGCGAAGGUAGUAACGAAUGCCAGAACGCCAGGGUCACGUUGUUACGGCUAUGUUACGAUGGCUAGUGCACAAGAUGCUGAGAACUGCAUUAAACAUUUACAUAGAACAGAAUUGCAUGGUCGCAUGAUAUCUGUAGAGAAAGCGAAAUCGGAAUCAGAAUCUUCGUCUCGCCGCCAACCCUCUGCCAGGUCUGAGCGACGCGCCAGCAAAGAUCGCAAGGAGGAACCUAAAGAGAAUGAGGAAAACAAGGAAGGUGGAGAUAAGACUGGGGAACCAAAACAGAAAAAGGAGAGUGAGAUGUCAGGAGCGGAAAGUACUCGUUCUACAUCACGCACACGUGAAAAAUCUCACCGAUCUGAUAAGGAUCGCACGAAAAGAAGCACAAGAAGCCGUGAGCGUCGGCGAUCACCUCGAGAGGUUCUGUCAUUUUCUAAAAUAUGGAAGGAGCGCGACGUGGCGCGUGCGCGGGAGCGGUCGCGCGCGGCGCGCGAGGAGGAGCGGCGGCGCCGCGCCGCCGAGGACGCGCUGCGGGAGAGAGAGCGCCGACAGCGGCAGGAGAAGCACCGCCUCGCGCUCGAGCGGGAGAAACUGCGUGCUGAGAGAGAGAAAAUUGAACGUGAAAAGAACGAACUGCUCCGUCUAGAACGCGAGCGUCACAGACUGGAGCGAGAGAAACUAGAACUGGAAAGACUGGAACUGAAACGUGCUCAACUAAGACUGGAGGAGGAGCGUCGCAAGCGCGGCUACGAGGGCGGCGCGUACCGCAAGGCGGGCAGCCCGCCGCCCGAGCCCGCCUACGAGCGCGACGCCCGCCACAAGCGCCCGCCGCCGCCGCCCAUCUCAUCAAGUCGCAGUCAGUUUGAGGCGCCGCCCCCGCCGCGGUUCGAGAUGGCAGCUAGCUACGAGAGAGGCACAGACAAGAGGGACCGGGAACGCGAUUAUAAACGAGAGUACCCGAGACAUGUCUCCUCUGGUAACAUGAAGUACUCAAGCAAUGGUGGUGCUAGCGAGGACUCGCGACAACCAAUGCCGCCCGGUACCAGGCCUAAAGAACCUAGUCGUUCGUACGAGUCGCGCGACAACCGCUCGUAUCGUCCGUCCCCGCCCGGCAAGCCCGAGCCUCGCAGCUGGAACGCCUCCAGUCGAUACCCUGAUGCUGCGCCGCCUUCUAAAGGCAGCAACGGCAGCGGCGGUGGCGGCGAGGCGUGGUCGGGCGGCGAGGCGCGCUACGGCUACGAGGCGCGCUACGCGCCGCAGUACCAGCCGCCGCCGCCCGGCGCCGCCUAUCCCGACCGAUACGCGCCGCCGCCACGGGACUACCCCAGGAAGUACUAGGGCACUAACUAAAGCGAACUUAUUAGGUUUCGGUGAAAUGAAAAUGAGGUUGGAGAUGUUUAUUUCGUAUGUUAGAGUGAAUGUUAUUAUUUUAGAAUGAUGCAAACAAUCUUAUGUAGCUGAGCGGGAUAGUAUCUAUCUCCGAAUUAUUAUGUAUGCACGUGAUAUAUUUACUUUGUGUAAUAAAACCUCACUAAAGGUUGACCUUGACUCUUUUGUACGUGUAUUUAAAUGUAGACCUUGUGUUAAGGGAUGCUAUUAUUUCUCAUUCCGUAUUAAGUGUGGUGGGAACUUCAUAGGUUUAUAUUUUAUUGGGCAAUCCAAUAGGUACACAAGUUAUAAUUUCCAUGUAAUGUCCCAAUAAAAAUACCUGUUAUCUCGAAACUAGCUACUUUAUUAUGUGCAAAUAAUAUAUUCGUUGUAAACGCAA